AUGGCCGACACACAGCCGACAAAAGACAAAGAAGGGUUCGACGUGGGCGAGUUUCUGCAAAAGAACCUCACCAAAGGCGAAUUGGCCUUGAAGCGUGCUGUCGGGCUCGGCACUCAACCUAAUGUUGUGCCCGAGGGCGAGCCGGUCCACGAUGGAGAGCCACGCCCCGUCGAGAUUGGCUGGCAUCCCGUCGGCGGACUUGCUGGCAAAUGGUUCGCCAACAAUACAGGUCUCGGCAAAAUGAUUACAGAGAGGAUCAACAAGUACCCUGAUCCCACACAACACUGGGCUGUCCUCGUUGGCGAUUACGUCCACCAGCUCUGGAUGGAUGAGAACUUUCACGUCAUCUACAUCAACAACAAGAUUAAUCGCGAGGAGUGGAAGACUUUCAGCGUCGGCCAGACGCGCUUCAAUGACGAUGCGUUGCGGCGCGCCGGCGAGAUGGUCAUUACCACCAUUCGCGAAAAGACACCCGCCUACAACCUCAUCUCCAACAAUUGCCAAACCUACGCUCUCCAGCUGCUGGACGCCAUCAAGGUCGGCGCGCGCAAGGAAUUCGGCACCACGCUCGCCGUGUAUGAUCGCAUGUUUGGCCCUGGUAAUGUCGCAGAUCUGUUCAACAAGGACGGCCACAUGCCAUCUAGCGGCACCGAUUCGGCUGUCCCACCGCCCAAGGACGACGACGAGAACACUGUUGGGCUGGCUCAGCAGCUCAUGCAUGACAACACAGCGCAACUCGACACGCAUGAGCAGAUGAACAAAGAUAGGGGUGCGCUCACCCCACCCAAGGAGGCGGCAGAGGCACAGGUCGGCGAGAGUAACGAGGAAAAAGGCGAUGGCGAGAAACGGGCGAGUAAGAGCAGCGAGGUAAAAGCGCAGAUCAAAAACAUCUUUGGCCGCUUCUCGCGAAACAAGUCUUGA